AUGGAAGUGCGCCCGAUCAUAAAAGGAGUCAUCUCUGGAUUUGCUACUACAUUAGGCCUUACUAGUAAUACAGUAAUAGUGCUAGCCCUGUCCAGCAUUGCUUACAAGGAGAAAUGUUUGCUGCCUGCUGAGACAAUACUUUUUACUUUGACAGGGGCAAACCUAUUACUUCUUUCAAGUUUUGGGAUUCCUCACGCACUUUUUCUGCUUGGUGUAAAGUCUUUUUACAGUGACCUUGGCUGCAAAUUUGAUGGGCAUUUUGUUAGAUCAUCUCGGGUAAUGAUCAUUGGUUUAACCUGCUUGCUGAGUUGUUUCCAGGGGGCAACACUGGCUUCUACUCACCACACAUGGGCUAUUAUUAAAGCAAAAAUGCAGAAACACCUUCUGCUUCUUAUAGCAUUUAUUUUAACCAUUAGUACAGUAACAAGUUUAACUCCAGCACUGUAUAAUACUGUUAAUACCAACAUUACAGGCCUGAAAUAUGUUAUCAAUUCAGGGUAUUGUCUUACAGUUUAUCCUAACAGCUUUUUACUUACAGUUAAUGGAAUGAUUUUCUUUGCUAGAGAUGUAAUAUUUGUAAUCCUGAUGGCAGUUGCAAGUAGUUACAUAAUUGUGACUUUGCACAGACAUGGAAAACAAAUGAAAGGAAAGAGGAGCUCUGAUCGAAAUGAUAAAAACUCAGCAGAGGAACAAGCAGCUAAAAUGGUUGUGACAUUUGUUAUCAUUUAUGUACUAGUUUUUGGAAUUGAGAACAUCAUUUGGUUUUAUCAGAUUUCUCAUUCUGAAGAAGGUGCAGAGAAAAGCAUAAUGGACAGGGAGCACAUGCUGAGGGAUUGGCAUGAUUCAGAACGGUACAGACACACUUCUAGCAUAUUGCGUGCCACCAAAUAA